AUGCAUCCAACAUCUAUACAAGGUGUUUCUGAUUUAAUUCAAAUGGUUGAAUUACACGAGGCUGCUCUUCUCAGAAAUUUUCAAAUUCGUCACAGACAAAAUAUUUAUCAUACAUUUAUUGGAAAUCGUAUUUUGGUUUCAUUAAACAAUAAUUUAUCAGAAGAUAUUCAAUUAUAUACAGAAGAUGAAAAUCAAAGAAAAGAAUUAAUUCGUUCAUAUCGUCAAAGACCUCCUCACGAAUUAUUACCCCAUAUUUACGCAUUUGGAGCUGAAAUUUUACGUUUUGUUAAAAAAGGGAAAAAUAAUUGUUGUGUGGUUUUUAGUGGAGAAACUGCUUCAGGAAAAUCAGAAUUAUUUAAACAACUUUUAAAUUUCCUUAGUGCUGAUUUUGCUAAUCAAAAUUUUGAAUUAAAAUUAAAUUCUGCUCAAAUAAUUAUUGAAGCCUUUGCAAAUGCUAAAACUUCUCGUAAUUUAAAUGCUUCUAGACAUGGAAAAUAUUUUGAAUUAAAUUAUAAAUUAAAUAAUGAAUUAUCUAAAAUUGUAAUUUCAUCAGCAAAAAUAGAAUUAUUUUUUCUUGAAAAAUAUAGAGUUGUGGAAGCUUUUGUUGAACAAUCAAGAGAAUCAAAUUUUCAUAUUUUUUAUUGCCUUCUUGCUGGAUUGAGUCCUCAACAAAAACUUGAUUUUGAAUUGACAAAUGGAAGGAUAUCUAGUUACAGGCUUUUAGCACAAUAUCGUCGAAAUUCUCGUGAAAAUUUUAUUAAUGGAGAAACGACUUCUUGGAUGUUUGGAGGUGAAAGAACACGUCCAACAUUUGAAUUAUUAUCUAAAGUUGUUGGAGCAUUUAAAAUUUUAAAUUUUAAUGAAAAAGAAAUUGAAAAUAUUUGGAGACUUUUGGCAGCGAUUUUGCAUUUGGGGAAUUUACGUUAUAAUGUUAAAAAUUAUGAUGGAAAAGAAAAUUUAGAAUUAAAUGAUCGUUUAAAUAUUCAAAGAAUAUGUAAACUUUUAAAAAUAGAAAAAAAUUUAUUAAUUUCUUCGUUAACAAUUAAAAGUUUGUGUGAUUUAAAAUCUGAAAAAGAAUUAAAUUUUCGUAAAUUAACUAUUGAUGAGGCAGUAGAUCGUCGAGACACUCUUUGUGUAGAAAUAUAUUCAAAUAUUGUUAAUUUUAUAAUAAAUAAAAUUAAUUUAGAAUUAAAUGAAGAAAAUAAAAUAAUUAAUUGGAGAAAUGGUCAACAACAAAAAUUUGUAACUGUUGGAUUGGCAGAUUUUCAAAGUUUGGAAAAUAAAUUGAAAAAUGGAAAUAAUUUUGAACAAUUAUGUAUUAAUUAUGGUGCUGAAUGUUUACAACAAUUUUUUAUUAGAAGAAUAUUUACUUUAGAACAAGCAGAAUAUGCAGCACAAUGCCUUCCUGAAUGGGAAGAGAGAUGUGCAGCCCUUCCAUACCUUGAUAAUCUUCAAGUACUUGAAAUGCUUGCUGUUCAACCAUUAAGUGUAAUGAGUGUUAUUGACGAUAUAAGUAUUGCCCCCGAAGCCUCUGAUACAAAUUUACUUUCAAAACUCCACCCAUCACAUUCAAAUAAUGAAAGUCUCUACCAAAAACCUAAAUCAUCUUUACUUAAUCAAUUUGCAAUUAGACACUAUACUGGAUUAGUACAAUAUAAGGUGGAAGGAAUGAUUUUAAAGAAUAAAGAUUAUUUUCCCUCAGAACUUUCAAAAUUAAUAAAUGAAAGCGAAUUAAAAUUUUUACAAAAAAUAUUUCAAAAUAAAGAAGAAAAUAAUGAGGGGGAGGAUGAAAUAAGUAAUGAAUUGAGUGAAGAAGAAUUAAAUGAGAAUGGAAAUAAUGAAUUUAAAAUUAGAAGAAUUAAACAAAAUACUCAAUGCACAAUUGUUAGAAGAUCAAUGAAUGACCUUAUGCGGCGUCUAGAAAGCUGUCCAGAAGCAUUUUUUGUUCGUUGUCUAAAAACAAAUGAUGCCCAAAAAGAAAAGUUAUUUGAAACCGAAACUGUUUUACGUCAAAUGCGUCAAUUCGAUAUGCUUUCCACUGUAGCUAUGUGUCGUGCCAGUUUCCCUAUUCACAUGGAAUAUGCUUAUUUUGUGCGAAGAUAUAGGCCUUUAAUGCCUGGAAUUCGAUUUAUUUGUCGAACAAUUUUUGGGGAUUCCUGUACUGAAUUUGUACAAUUUGGAAAGAAUAAAGCAUUUUUAAAAUCAGAACAACAUCAAUUUUUGGAAAUGUUACGUUCUCGUCGUCUUCAUUGUUGUGCUGCUUUAGUCCAAAAAUGUUUGCUUGGAUGGGCAAAAAGACAGCAAUAUGCAAGAUUACGUUGGGCAACUUUAAUAUUUCAAAAACAUUGGAGGGGGCUUGUUGAAAGGAAAAAAUUUAAAAUUGCAAAUUGCCGAGCUGUUUUAAUUCGUUAUCAACUUCAAUGUUUAGUUACACGAGCUGAACGUCAUUGUGCAAUGAUGGCUAGAUUAGAUUGUCAAAUGGAAGAUGAAGGAGAACCCCCAGCAUUGGAAUUACACGAAAAUGAAUUAAAUAAUAUUAUUAAAGAAAAGAAUUUUGGAUCAUUAAAAAUAUUAAAAUAUUCAAAUGAAAAAAAUUUUAUGGAAAAAGAAUUAAACAAUAAAAAUAUUAAAAGAAUUACUAAUAGUAAUAAUGAUGCUUUUAAAUGGAAUAAAUAUGCUUUGGCUAAUUUUCAACAAACAAAAUGCACACCAAAACAUACACGAACAUUAUUAGAACGUCCUUUACUUUCACAUAAAAAACAUUUAGACGAAUUAGUUUCAUUGUCAAUUUGGCGUAGAUUAUUACAAUUUAUUGGAGAUUCUGAUGUAACAGAUUAUGCUGCAUUUGACAGCAGAAAUUCAAAAAAUAAUAAAAAUUGUUCUUUGCCAAUUACGGCCAAAUUAAAAGCUCUAUAUUGUCAGGAUUUUUCUGAUGAUGAAAUUAAUUAUAUUAAAGCUAAUAUUUUGAAUUACCAAACUUACCAAGAAAAUGGUUAUAUUUUAAAAAAGUCGAUAAAAAUAGCUAAAAAUAUUUUGCUUGGAGAAUUUAAUUGGACAGCUUUUGAUAAAGCUAAAUUUAUUGUUAGUGUGGGGAUUUUUAGAAAUGAAUUAAGAGAUGAAAUAUAUAGCCAAAUAUGUAAACAAAUAAAUUGUAAUCCUUCACCUAUUUCUGCUCGGAGAGGAUGGAUUUUAAUGGCACUUUGUUCUUCUGCCUUUUCCCCAACAAAUCGACUACUUCCUUAUUUACGCAAUUUUGUUAAUUCGAAUGCUCCAAAUAUUUUUUGGCAACGUUAUAUUGCUAAACAAAUGAGUAGAACAAUUAAAUGUGGAGCUAGAAGAGAACCUUGUUUAAAAGCAGAAUUUGCUUUUAUUUGUUCAAUUGACAAUCUAAAUAAUUCUGGGUUGUUUGUACAAAUUAAUUUGCCUAAUGAAGAAAUUGUUGAUAUUCCAAUUCAUUCACAAACAACAAUUGCCGAUGUUUUUGAAUUUUUAACUGAAAAAAUAAAUUUAAAUGAAUCUUUUGGGUUUGGACUAUUUCUCUCGACUGGACAAAAUAUUCGUUCGUUGGUUGUUGGAGGGGAACGUUUGAUGGAUGCUUUAGCAUUAAUUGAAGAACAAAAUGAUUUUGAUUGGAAAUUGUAUUUACGUAAAGAAUUAUUUUUACCUUUGGAAGAUAAUUCUGAUGAAUUAUUUGUUGACCUUUCUUAUAGACAAAUUAUUAAAGGUUUACAUUAUGGAGAAUAUCAAUGCAAUAAAGAAGAAGAUUUAGCUCUAUUAGCUGCCCAACAAUAUUUUGUUUCAAUAAACGGAAAAUCUACGGAAAUAGAUAUUUCUGAAUUAGAGGACAAUUUAAGUGAAUAUUUACCUUUAAAUAUUUUAAAACAAAAUGAAGAUGUUAAUGAAAACAGAAAAGAUGAAAUAAAUGAGGAAGAAGAAGAAUGUCAAAAAUGGAUUCAAUUAAUUUUACAUGCUUUUAGAAAAAAUUUACCUCCAAGUGUUAAACAAAUAAAAUGUGAUGUUCUUAAAUUUGCAGCCAAGAAUUGGCCAUUAAACUUUUCUAGAUUCUUCGAAGUUUACAAAUUUUCUGGCCCUCCUCUCCCCGUAAAUCAACUUACUAUGGCUGUAAAUUCACGUGGAAUAUCCCUUUUAGAUGCCCGUUGUUGUGAUAUACAAAAUCAAAAUAAACAACAAAUUUUAUUUGAAAUUGAAUUUAUUGAAUUGGCAAAUAUUGGUUAUGGAAGAUCAAAACAUGAAGGGGCUGAUGCUAUAUUUAUUAGUUUAUUAAAUGGUGAUCGGUAUACUUUUCAAUCACCUUUAGCUAGAGAAUUGUCACAUUUAUUGUUACAUAUUUUAAAAAGUCUUCAUCAAAAUUCAAUUUAUGCUGUAGCAUUAAAAGAUUACAAUCAUUGUACUGUCCAACACAAAAUGCAGUCUUCAGAAAAUUGUUUUAAUAAUUAUUUUUUAAUUCAAAAUUCCUUUGAAUUUUAG